GUCUGAAGCUUAAACAAUGGAAAAGUGGUCGUAAUGCAUCUUAUAAUCGGGAAAACAUGUAUGUUGUUGUUUGUGUACAAAGGCAAAAUAGGUAACCUCUUCAAACCAGCACAGAAGGCUGCAUAUGUUUAAAGGUCUGAACAUGGAAAGAUGUUAUUAAAAACCCUAAACAUGAAGAAGAAAGUAAAUCCACCCCAGCAGUCAAAAGUGAAGGAUGUCAGUAGCACAGAAACACUGGAGACAAUGACAUCUAAUCCAGUGGCUUUUGAUGCCAACAGUGAUGCUGAUGUGGCCAUUAAAUAUUCUUCAGAAGGAAAGAGGCAUCUCAGAAUAUCACAAAGUGACAGCUGCUUCUUGAAGUUCUUGAAUGAAGACCGGCAGAAGGUGCCAUCAUUUUGCGACGCAACGGUCACGGUAUGUGGGAAGAUGUAUCACGCCCACAAGGUGGUUUUGGCUUUUGGCAGUAACUACUUCCAUGCCAGAUUCAGCGAAAACCCUGAAUUACAACAUGUGACCAUUGAUAACAUAGAAAGCUCCACAUUUGGACAUUUGCUCAACUUUCUAUACACAUCUGAAUUUGACGUUUUGGAAAACAAGAUCUCUGCUUUGACUGAGGCUGCCUGUAUUCUGGAUAUGAUGGAAGCCGUAAAUCUUUUAGCAAAGUGUGCAACACCGGUUCAAGAUGAUGAAGAAAGUGAUGUUCACCUGGUUCCACAGAAGACCACUGAUGUCCAGAAUGUCCAAAAUUCAGUAGGAGUCCAGUGCUCAUUUUGCAGUCGCACCUUCUGCUACAAGAAGUCUCUAGAGAAUCACCUGGCCAAGACGCACAGUUCUGGUUGCCACACUGAGGAAGAUCAAAAUAUGCCGAGCACAUCUGCUUUGACUACCCGAAGAUCUGCCCGUCAGAGGAGGACUCCAGCUAAAUUUGAGAACCAGGAAAGUAAAAAUGGCCACAUCCUGUCUGAAACGCCCAGACAGAAGACUCCAAAGGAUGAUGCAAACACUUUUGAAGAGAAUGAAGAUGAUGACGAAAGUGAGGAGGAGCAGCAGAAUGAGCAGGGAGAAGAAAGUAGAAUGGAAGAGCAAGAAGCAACAUCAACCACUGUGGAGGUCGAGGAGGCAGAAGGUAAAGACACUGAAAAGCAAGAUGAGGAACAUAUGUCUGAACUCACCAAGGAUGUAGACCAGGCUGAGGCCCAGAAGGACACAGAACCGAAAUCCAGCCCUCAUGUUGAGGAGCACAGUCAAGCGACAGAAGGCACCAGUCAUGUUUUUCCAGAGGGACUGGCACCCAUUGUGAUCCAGAGCGCUAAUAAGAAAAAUCUCAAGUGUCCCAAAUGUGACAAGACCUUUGAUCGCAUAGGUAAAUACAAGAGUCACACCAGAGUACACACUGGAGAAAAACCUUUCCAGUGUGAAAUCUGUCUUCAGUGCUACUCCACCAAAUCAAACCUCACUGUCCAUAAGAAGAAACAUGAGAGUGACGCACCCGUCCAGAAGAAAGAGCACAAAUGUCCCUUCUGUAACAAGCUUCAUGCCAGCAAGAAGACUCUCGGCAGACACGUAAAAAGAUUUCAUCCUGACCAUCUCCAAGAGUUUCUCACUCAGAAGAAGAAGAGUGAAGGAUGGAAGUGUGAUAUCUGCCAGAAGUCUUUCUCUCGGCGCCCCCAUCUGGAGGAACACAUGGUCUUACAUUCACAGGACAAGCCCUUCAAGUGUGCCUACUGUGAUGACUACUUUAAAUCACGAUUUGCCCGCUUGAAACACCAAGAAAAAUUCCAUUUGGGACCCUUCCCUUGUGACAUUUGUGGUCGACAGUUUAAUGACACAGGUAACCGUAAACGUCACAUUGAGUGUACACAUGGGGGGAAAAGGAAAUGGACCUGCUUUCUGUGUGGAAAAUCAGUUCGAGAGAGGACUACACUCAGGGAACAUCUGAGGAUCCACAGUGGAGAAAAGCCUUACCUGUGCAGCAUCUGUGGACAAAGCUUCCGUCAUGGCAGCUCGUACAGGCUCCAUCUACGUGUUCACCAUGACGACAAGCGCUACGAAUGUGAGGAAUGUGGCAAAACUUUCAUUCGCCAUGACCAUCUAAAGAAACACAAAAAAAUUCACACAGGGGAGAGAGCGCAUCAGUGUGAAGAGUGUGGAAAAUGCUUCAGACGGGCCGAUCACCUGACUGUCCAUUAUAAAAGUAUUCACCUGGGAGAAAAGAUCUGGCGAAGGUACAAAGCAGUAGUGCAUCAGUGUCAAGUGUGCAAGAAAGAGUUCAGGGGGAAGACCAACCUCAUGUCGCAUUUCAGAACGCAUUCAGGUGAGAAACCCCACCGGUGUUUGAUCUGUAACCAGACCUUUCGCAUCAAGAAGACUCUGACCAAACACAUGGUCAUCCACUCAGACGUCCGUCCUUUCAACUGCCCGCACUGCACUGCUACCUUCAAACGCAAAGACAAGCUCAAGUACCACGUAGACCACGUGCACAGCGCCCGGAUGCUUGACCAGCAACAGCAAACCCUUCCUCCAGCCCCUGCAAACAAGUUACCCGAGCCCCUGCUGCCAAACGAAACCCCCAAACAAUACCACAACACACCCAAAACUGUGCUGCAAAGUGUAUCAGCUGAUGUAUGUGUUCCUGUAACGCUUGUUCCUGUCCAGAUGAGUGAAGAACCCGACCUCGCAGUGCAUGGGGCGCCACAUGGUGUCCUUCCAGCUGUGGCCCAGCAACAGCAGACUGGUGGCUACCAGUCAACCAGUGACUUGGUGUUUUUAGAGAAGUACACCCUUACACCUCAGCCGACUAACAUAGUGCACCCAGUGAGGCCAGACCAGAUGCUGGACCCUCGAGAGCAAUCGUACUUAGGCACACUUCUGGGGCUGGACCCGGCUACAUCUGUGCAAAAUAUGACUAAUGCUGAACAUACACAUUAGUGUACCCAGUAACUGCGUACCUCAUGAGUUAACUAAACUUUUUUUAAUGGUCUGUGUUCUUUAAAUAUAACACUUCCCAACAUGAGUUUCCUUUGGUCUUCAGUCUCUUUGUGAUGUUCUUAAAGGAAUAGAUUACCCAAAAAUGAAAAUGAAAAUUUUAUGGUGUAUUUUGUUGUUUUUUAAGUUACAGCCAUGAAGUACAGCCAUAGUCACUGUAUAUCAUUGUAUGCAAAAAGAGCUGCAAGAAGAUUCUUCAAAAGUUAUUUUGUGUUCUAUGGGGAAAAUAAAAGCAUACUGGAACAACAUUGGUCAUUUGGAACAUCAUGGGUAAAUGGUGACGAUGUUAAUUUUCGGGGGAACGAUUUCUUUAAAGGUGCACUCAGUCAUUUUUUUUUAUAUGUUGUCUUGGACUUACACUGACUCCUAGUGGUGUGGAUGUAGCAUCAUUCAAACACAAUAGUUUUUAGUUACCAAUGCCAUUUACCAGCCAUGAUUAAUUUAAUCAGUGAAUCACAGUGUUCAAUAACAGGGUGGUUACAGAGAUUAAGCGAGUAGUAUUUGACUGGUCAUGUGAUCCUAACAUGGCAGCCCCCAUUAGGUGACCCCCUUCAUGUAGAAUAAAACAGCUUUUGUAAGGUUACUGAUAUGACUAGAAUCCUCAUCUUAUGUGAGUGCUCAUGAUUUUAUACAUGUGUUUUUAAAUUAAAAUGAACUUCUUUAGGAGUAAAACCUUUUAAAUGAUGCAUCUUCAAUAUCUAAGGUAAACUCUGCUGAAGUAAUUAUCAAAAUUAUGAUGCUAUCAUCAACAAUGAAUUUUGGUUGUAAAUGUUAAAGGAGCAAUAUGUAACAUUGACAUCAAGUGUUUAAAAUAUUGGAGAGAGUUGUCUCCUCCGCCCCAGACUCUAAGCUCAUGUGGGUUGCCAGUCUUAGGACACACAACAGGAACGAGCAAACUGGCAAUGGCGAGCGACGAGCCUUACACUGCAAGUUGAUCAGCUAAUGUAUACGUUUGCAAUGUUGUUAUUGUUUGCAAAUCAUAAACCAGCUCAUGUGGAUUUGUUUUAUAACUCUGCCAAUGUUAGAUAGAUGAACCCCUCUUUGUAAGUCCCGCCUUCUCGCACACCAAUUGGUCGAUUAUAAGAGGCUUGCAGCAACUAUUGGCCAAAUUCCUGCCUGUCAAUCUCUCCGCGAAUGCGCUGUUGUGUUUGGCAUCAAACAGUUGCUUGACAGCAGCAGCAAAUGACAGCUGAGUGGAAACAAUGCCCAAACAAAAGUGCAAAUUUACAGAAGAUUUGCACAAAAAAUUCCCAUGCUUUCGUCCAGGUCGAGAUCCGUGGGAAGCAGAAUGUAUGACAUGUAAAGCUGGCACUUACAGGUGCAUCAAUAAAUUAGAAUGUCGUGGAAAAGUUCAUUUAUUUCAGUAAUUCAACUCAAAUUGUGAAACUUGUGUAUUAAAUAAAUUCAGUGC